UCCAAAGAAGAAGAAGCAGCUGCAUUUCACUAUUUUCAAGACGAUGGCAGAGACAUGUUCUGUUUUCGGAUGCAAAGUUGCGAAAGGACAAAUGGUGAGCCUUCAUGUAUUACCAAAGGAUCUGAAAAUCCGAGAUAAAUGGGUGCAGUUUAUUUGGAUAAAUCGUAAUGUCCCAGUAAAACUUCCAGAGAAAACUCGAGUUUGCAGUAGUCAUUUUCCAGAGAACUGUUUUGAAAAUUUUACCCAAAAACAGAUGGGUUUUGCCACUAAACUUAUAUUGAAGCUCAAUACGGUUCUGUCAAUUUAUCCUGGGGACAAAGCGAGUACGAGCCAACAUGUUGGUCAACCGUCCAGCAGGAGUCGGUAUGAAGCUCUUUAGUCCGCCGGUAAACUCACUAAACAAAGAAAGAAGAACUCACAGUUUGUUUAGAUGUUCAGCUGCUGCGUCUUUCAUACAUUUAUGUCACUUAUCUGUUUCUAUUCUUGAUGAUUUCCUCUCUUUCAUGACAGCAAACCAAACGUUUUCUCUUUGUUUUGACAAGAGCUUUAAAUAUCCUGUUUCAGGAGUCUUAUUGAGUUUUUGUGUUGAGAUGUUGAAGAUGAGUUUGCAGGUGGAUUUGAUGUGCUGUAAAUCAGUAGGAACUGAUCUGUCCAUGCUGGAUAUUGAUGAUUUGAUGACAGAAAUCUCUCAGCUGAAGAAAGAGGUGGCGUUACUGGAGGCAAAGCUGAGGGAAAGAGGAGAUCCACUGAACGGAGAGGAGCUGGAGAAGGUUUCCUGUCAAUCUUCAGUGUGUGUGACUGAUGGGACCUCCACAGAAUGUCAGGAUUCAGUGUGGAGCGUCAGAGAUCAGAGAUCUGAACAGAGAUCCAGAGACACACAGGACUCAGAGCUCAGCCUCACUUUACUCUGUUAUACUGACACUCAGGAGAGUGUGUGUGACAGUAAUCAGGGUGAUCAAACCUCCACAGAGUCUCUGGCUUCUGUCUGUAACGCUGGAGAACAGCAGAUGCUGCAGAUACCAUUGAAGAUGUGUUCAGUGAAGCUGCUGGACUGCAGGAACCUGAUGGAGAUGAGAGGAGAAACCACAGCAGAGGAACAACAUGAUGAUCACGAUGAAGAUGAUGAUGAUGAUAUUCAACAUGAUGAUCACGAUGAUAAUGAUGAUGAUUUUGAUCCUUCAGGUGCAAACAGUGGUUCAUGUUCAGAUGGAGAAAUGACUUCUACAUCAAAAGAGUGUCUGUCAGCACAGAGUCUUUCAUGCAUCACCUGUGAGAAGACAUUCAGCUCAAAGGGACAUUUAGCGAGACAUGAGAGAAAACACACAGAACAGAAAAUCUACAAAUGCAGGAGAUGUGAAAGCAGCUUUUCUACCUCAGAAGAGAUCAAACAUCAUUCAAAAGUGCACAGAGGAAAGGGGUUCCACUGUGAUCAGUGCGGGAAGGUUUUCCUUGUUCCUUCUCUUCUAAAAGUUCACUUGACGACACACAGUGAUGAAAAGCCUUUUCAAUGCAGUGAGUGUGACAAGUGUUUCAGAACUAAAGGAAAUCUUGUUAUUCAUGAGAGAAUACACACAGGAGAGAAACCGUUCAAGUGUCCUCACUGUGAGAAGAGAUUCGCCUACGGAAACUAUCUGAAGAUACAUGUCCGUUCGCACACCAAUGAGAGGCCGUACCAGUGCAGUAAAUGUGGGAAAACCUUUGUACGGAUCUAUGAUUUAAAGUCACAUCUGAAAAUACACUCUGAGGAGAAACACUAUCAAUGUUCACACUGUGAUAAACGUUUCCGUCAGAAGUCUCAGCUGAUAAUCCAUGAGAGAAUGCACACUGGAGAGAAACCUUACCUCUGCUCUCACUGUGGAAAGAGAUUUUAUGCUCAGGGUCAGUUGAGCAUUCAUCAGAGAGUGCACACGGGAGAAAAGCCUUAUCAAUGUAGUGAUUGUAGGAUGACUUUCAGUACAAAACAAAACUUAGCAAAACACCAGACAACACAUACUGGCGAAAGACCAUACAAAUGCACUCAGUGUGACAAAACGUUUGCUCGACCGGAUGUCCUGAAAACCCAUCAGAGAGUGCAUACAGGAGAGAAACCUUACAGCUGCUCCAUCUGCGGGGAAAGUUUCGCUUAUUUAGGAUGUUUUUAUACUCAUCAGAAGAAACAUGCUAACGAUCAAACCGCCCUGGAAUCAUCAUAACAUCUUUUCACAGCUCAAUGUUAAAAAGCUGUACAUUCACGUUAUGCUCUCAUUGGCAGUAGGGAUCAGUAUCACAUUAACCUUUCAUGUGCAUUGAGAGUUAAAAUGAAUUGUGUUGAAUGAAGUUAUGUAGCUGUUUUAAUAAUUAUAUGAUUUAAUAAAGGGGUCAGAGUUUGGCUGUUAUAGUAGUAGCAAGUUUCUGUCUUCGACAUCACAGCUCAGACUAGUGCCUAUUGAAGGGUUUGCGAUGUUAUGCAGCCAUUCGCUAGGCAACAUUGUAAGAAUGUCACAAUGUUAUUUUCAUGCAGUUGUAGUAAUGUAAGUGAUCAUGUCAAUUACCUUACAAGGGGAUGAAACAGAAAAUCAUUAGAAUAGAUCUUUGAACAAAUGGAGAUUGUUCUUGUAGCACUGCAAUAACAAUUAUUUUGAUAUCGAUUACUCUAACGAUUAUUUGGAGUUUAAAAAGCCCCACUUUAUUUCCUGUAUUUUUUUAAUGUUGAUUUUAUGAAAAUUACUCUAAGUGCAACAGCAGAAGCAUUCUGUCAGUUCACCUGACACUGCAAAUGACCCACAUUGAUCUUUUUUGAAGUGCUUAAGACAUUGUUUUUUUUAAAUAAGUUUUAUCAAUCAAACUUAUUUUUUACUAUUGUAAAGUGACACCACAGAUGGAAGAUUCUGUCCAGAGCGCACAAGACCCAACUAAUCGAUAAUGACAUUCAUUGUUGAUUAUUUUCAUUAUCGAGUAUUAUUGAUCAUUAUCGAUUAAUUGUGGCAGCACUAUUUUUAAGAAUGCUCAUCAAGCUGCUUCUGUACAACAAAAGAGUACAUUUUGUAUUCUUCUGUAUUUAAUAUGUGGAUGCAAUUUGUUACUGGUAUCCAAAGACACAUUUUUGCUAAGCCAUUGAAUAAAAUGUAAAUAAGUCUC